AUGGUCAAACAACUUUGCCUGGGCGGCUUUUUUCGCGAGUUGGUAGGAAGCGGCUGGGCUCAGCAGCUCCCCCACCUUUCAUUUACCACUGCCUCUCCCGGCAGGCAGGCGGCCGGACCGGGUGGGGAGCAGAGGAGCGCAGCUCCGCGAUCUCCGAGCCCUGAAGGCGGCGUUUUCCCCUCAUCGCUUUCCCGGGCGCCGUCCCCAGAGCUUGAUUCACGGUCGUGGUUCGUGGAGGCUUUUGUCGUUCCGCAGGGCAGAGGUUCCGCCUGUGUGUGGGGUCUAGGAGUUUUCUCGCCUCCUGGUGAAAUGGAGGCAGUUACACCCUCCCGCACAGUUCCAGCGGGAAAACAUGAGGAUGAGGAGGAUUUGAGGACUGCGGUUGCAGUGCCCGGAGGAGGGGAGCUGAGCCCCGGCGGUAGAGGUGCUGGAUGCGGCCUUGCCAGCCAAAGGGCCGGGCCGGGGGCGCGGCGGGCGGCAGCCGAGCAGCGGCCGCUUGCCGGCGGGGGCGGAGCAGACGCCUGUGCUCGCUCCUUCAGCGUGCGGUGUCCUAGAGGGAAAGGAUGGAAGAUGCAGGAGGUGUGCCGGGGUGCUCAGAAGAUGGCUUCCCCAGGUGCCCCAGGGACCCGCAUGACAGCCACAGUCAGUAUCAACAUUUCUACCCCUUCCUUCUACAACCCACAGAAGAAGUUUGCACCUGUAGUGGCCCCUAAACCCAAGGUGAACCCCUUCAAAGCUGGAGGUACAUCAGAGUCAUCACUGCCACCACCUCCUGGAGCUGGUGCCCAGCACGCCCUGAUAGGGAAAGUGGGGGAGAUUCCAUCAGUGUCCACGUCCCAGCUGGUAGAAGAGCUGCCUCUGCCACCGCCUCCUCCACCUGGAGAGGAGGAAAGUUUCUCUUCAAAUUGUGCUUUUCCCCCACCCCCACCGCCCUUUGAGGAGCCUUUUCCACCAGCCCCAGAUGAAGCUUUUCCUCCUCCUCCUCCACCAAUGUUUGAUGAAGGGCCUGUGAGCACGGUACCUCCCCCGCAGGUACAUGACAAGAUGAGCAGCAUUGAUCUUUGGAUUGAGUCACUAAUGUUAGAGGACAUGGAGAAGAAUGAUCCCUUCACAUCCUGGAUAUCUCCAGCAUCCACAAGUCAUCUGGAGAAACCAUCAGCACCAAAACCCUGUGUGGAAAUACCAUCUGCACCCAAAGAUACUCCUCAUUCCUUUCCUUCAAAGUUCACUCCAAAGACAAGUGGAGUGGAUUUGAACCCUGCCCCAACCCCAUGGACAGCCCCACAGCAACGCAAGGAACCCCUAGCACCAGUCCCUUCACCCCCCUCUCUCCCUCCUGCUCAGCCUACCCCUAAAUUCACCCCACCCCAUGUUGUUGGCUCCCCAAAGUCUGGGACCAAAUCAGGUGGUGGUGUUCCCAUGGCUCAGUCAAACUCUACAAGGUACCCUACCUCCCUGCACACUCAGUUCACAGCCCCUUCACCUUCAGGUCCCUCUGUUCGGCCACAGCCUCCCAAUUCCACCUAUGACCAGCAGAAGGAAAGACCCCAAGUGCAGGAGAAGCCAUGUCCCACAGAACAACCUACUGCUGCAAAAAGCAUGCAUAAACCCACAGGCUCUAGUGCAGAUCCACCCAGGGGAAAUUCCUGUCUGACCAUGAAGGAGGUAGAAGAGCUGGAGAUGCUGACCCAGAAACUAAUGAAGGACAUGGAGCAUCCACCCCCAGCAGAGGCUGCUACUUCUGAGCUCUGCGGCUUCUGCCAGAAGCCCCUGUCACGAACCCAGCCAGCUGUGAGGGCCCUGGACUGCCUCUUCCACGUGGAAUGUUUCACCUGCUUCAAAUGUGAGAAGCAGCUGCAGGGUCAGCAGUUCUACAAUGUGGACGAGAAGCCCUUCUGCGAGGACUGCUAUGCUGGGACCUUGGAAAAGUGCAGUGUCUGCAAACAGACCAUCACAGACCGGAUGCUGAAGGCCACUGGUAACUCAUACCAUCCCCAGUGCUUCACCUGCGUGAUGUGCCAUGCCCCUCUCGAGGGCUCCUCUUUCAUUGUGGACCAGGCCAACCAGCCUCACUGUGUGAAUGACUACCACAGGAAGUACGCUCCACGUUGCUCAGUCUGCAGUCAGCCCAUCAUGCCAGAGCCUGGAAAGGAUGAGACUGUCCGUGUGGUAGCACUGGAGAAGAACUUCCACAUGAAAUGUUACAAGUGUGAGGACUGUGGGAAGCCCUUGUCCAUCGAAGCAGACGAGAACGGGUGCUUCCCACUGGAUGGGCACGUGCUGUGCAUCCGAUGUCACACUGCCCGUGCCAAGACGGCCCGCUGA